UGAGGUGCGGCGGCAAACCAGCAAAAGCGGAAAACAGGAAAUCGGGAUAAACAACGCUAGAUGCUUUUAUCGUCAUUAACAAGAUAUUUAGUUGUAAUUAACUAGUUUAGUUAUAUGUCUAGCGCUAUGGAGUCACAAUCGUACCUUCCAGUGCCUCCGGGAGUCGGGAUGGAGGAAAAUUUUUUCUCACUCGAUGAUAUUUUGUUGUCCCACGAGAGGCUGCCCACCCGGACAGAGUGCACUUUUCCUCGUCUGGGCUUUUUGGAGAAAUCCACGGACUCCCCAGAUAUAUCAGAGGGUUCAAAGAUGGAGCUUCCACUGUGGCUGGCGAAGGGUCUGUAUGAGAGGAAGAGGAGAGUGCUCUCUGUGGAGUUGCCCAAAGUCUACAGGGAGGGCUGGAGGACGGUAUUCACUGCGGACCCUAAUGUGGUGGAUUUGCACAAGAUGGGACCAUACUACUACGGCCUGGGCUCACAGCUGCUGCAUUUUGACAGCCCUGAAAAUCCAGAGAUUGCUCAAGCACUGCUACAGACGUUCAUUGGGCGUUUCCGGCGAACAAUGGACUCCUCUCAAAACGCCUACAAUGAAGACACGUCUGCCCUCGUGGAGAAACUGGACUGUCUGGAGAAAGCCCUGUUCAAGUCGGGCCAGAGCGGACUCAAUGGUUUCCAGAGCUGGGAGAAGGGCCAGGCCUCUCAGCUGACCGCCUCCAGCCUUGUCCUCAACUACCGCAAGAGGAAGAUCAAUGAUGUGCAGCCUUAAUCGUGCACAAAUAAAAGGAUUCAAGACUACAGACUUUAAUACACAUUUAAUAGACAUUUUAUUGCCAAGUUGUAUUUUGUGGGCCACAUUUGAGAUGAUUCUUUAAUUUCCUCAAGCACAUUGUUUUAAUUAGACAAAAUAAAAUUAAAAAUUCUAUAGUAUAGUUGAGUUUUGGUUUCUUUUACAUCAUUGCCAUUUCUAGAGUAUGACUGGAAACAACUCCCUGUGAAGACAAACAUGAGCUAAGAAACUGACAACAAUGACCUUUCAAGUGGUGAGGCUGUGAUUCAUUCAUGUGUGUUACAGUUGCCAGGUAACCACUUACAAUUUGACAGUUUUUGCUUCAAUUGCCUAAAAGCAGAGACUGGAUUAUAGCCAGGCCUUGAUCAGCUCUGGAGGGGAUCCCACAGGUUGUCCAAUAACAGUGAAGCUGUUUAAUCUCUUUCCUUCAUAUGGAUGAAAUGGCCUGAGGCUCUGAGCUUCACCUUUCCUCUGAAACACUGAGAAGAGUGUGUUUUGACUGAAUCGAUUUGAUGUGGUGUUGUAACAAUUCACAAAAAAUAUGCUGGUGCUUUCUUGUGAAAAUACUAUUCAAUGUGAUAUUCAAUAAAAGUUGCUCCAUAUUUUAGGC